AUGCUUUCGUCUACUGAACUUGUCAAUUUUCAGGAUGAAUUGUCUGGGAAUGGAUCAGGAACUGUUGUUGUUAGGCCUCUCAAAGGAUCACAGCCAUCACUGUUUCGUGACCAAAGUUCUCUGUCUAGCAGCAGCUAUGCUUCUUUUGAAGAUUCUUCUACCAGUGGAACUGUUGUUUUGCGUAGUCAGGAUGAUGAUUCUGAUUCUCCACAGACACCAAGGUCCCGACUGGGACUUAAUAGCAGAAAUUCAAAUGCCUCACUGGAAGAUAGUGCUACAAAUCUUGCUGAGCCACUUGAUCAUAUUGAUCAUAUUGAUCAUAUUGCUAUCCAAGGAGGAUUAAAGAAAGUGAAUGCUCGAGAGAGAUUUGCACUUGGAAAACUCAACAAUGAUGUACAGGAAAGCAGGAGAGAUGAAAUGUCAAGCAGCUCUGAUUCUUCCAGACCAUCUCGUGAAUACAUUGAUUCACAGAAAGGACUUUUAAGGUCUCAUUAUGCUAGUGAUGAUGAAGAAAGUUCCAAAAUAAUGUCAUCCUCUCUGCCGUUAUCUGUUUUGUUUAUUCCUUCAUUAAAAGAGGCCAUUGCUGAUGAUCCAGAAGGGUCGGUCGUGCAAUUUGUUAUCAACUCACUUGUAAACAUGGAGAGGACAAAGCCUAGAACCUGCGAUGCCUUUGUCAAAAAGUUGCUUCAGCGGUUGGCAAGUUCAAAGGAGUCUUCAUUGAAGGAUCCGCAAGAACUGGCAGGCCAAAUAUUCAGCAAAACCAAUUCAACUGAAGAAACCCGAAAUGCAGAGCCUGAUAACAGGAAGAAAUAACAGAACAAGGAAGUUCAUUCAAAUAGCAAUUUAAGCCCACUUGCAAGAUUUCUUCUUUCAAGAUGGCAAGGCCAAACCUCACGGGAUCUAAAUCCAGCUUGGACGGAGUUAGAGUAAAUUUUUUGCAUGGUGUUUUUGUUUCUGCAUUUAUUCUGAUUAAAUCUACAUAUAUGGUGCCAAGAAAUUGAUUUUUAAUUUUGUAUUAAUAUUAUUAUUUUUAUUUAUUUUUUAUUUUUCUUGUAGUGAUAGUUACAACAUUGUUGUAUA